UUGGCUGCUGCUCGCCGGCCAAAAAGCACCAAAACACGGGCUUCUGACCACAACAUGGACCUCAGGAGUCGCGUCGACGCUUUAAAAACGUGUCGCUGAUAGCCGCAGUUUCCUGUGGUGUACUAUCGUAGUUUUAUAAGCAUAAUUUUGUUAUUACAUAAUGCAGAAUUACUCUCAAGGAUGAUUGAUUAUGGUAGGGUCUGCAGCCACCUACGAUUGCGCAUCUGGAUUUGGUCGAGCCGCUACCACUAGCUAGCGGACAGGCUAGCAGAGAAGGAUGUUGUAGUGCUGUCCUCUGCAGUGCACAAAAUUGAGUGUCGACUGGAUAAUUUAGCUAGCUGUCAGUUUGCAGCCCUCACCAGUUAGCUCGUGUAGUAGCUGACGCUUAAAAGGGCCACCGAAGAUGUAAACCACCAUGCGAACAAAGAGACGGGAAAUGGCAGUGCCUUUGAUGGUCUCCCCCCUCCCUGUCUCCUUCAUCCUGGUGGUUCUGCUGUUGGCCAGGUCGCCUGUGUGCCAGGCGGGGGACUGCAAGGGCCACAGGCAGGUUUUGAGGGGACCACCUGGCUAUGUCACAGAUGGAGCAGGAAACUACUCUGUCAAUGGAAACUGCGAGUGGCUAAUCAAAGCUCCCAGCAGCAGUCACCGCAUUGUCUUGAAUUUCACCUUCAUGGACACAGAGUGUACUUAUGACUACCUGUUUGUGUAUGAUGGGGACUCCUACCAGAGCCCCCUCCUAGCCAGUCUGAGUGGCAACACAUUGCCGCAACCCAUUGAAGCAAAGUCUGGCAAGAUGCUGCUUCAUCUCUUCAGUGAUGCUAAUUACAACCUACUGGGUUUCAAUGCAACUUACACCUUCUCUUUGUGCCCUGGAGCAUGUGGCGGUCAUGGCCGUUGUGAUUCCUCUACAUCAAAGUGCCACUGUCAUCAGGGUUGGGGUGACCCCUCCUGUACAACCCCACUCUGCACCCAGGCUUGUUCUGUGAAUGGCCAGUGUGACAAGAAAGGAGAGCGCUGUCUGUGUAAGCCAGACUUCCUAGGUCAGAGCUGUCAGCUUGGUCUCUAUAACGAUAGUGGGGCAGGAAAGUGGUGGCUUGUGAGUGAAGGAAACCCCUACACACCUCCCAGGACAGGUUCCGCAGGCGUGUACCUCUCCACCACAAGAGCCAUGUAUCUGUUUGGCGGAUUUGAUCUCAACAGAGCUCUUGGUGACUUGAUCAAAUACAAUUUCACAUCCAGCCAAUGGGAAAGCAGGUCUUAUGGUCAUUCACCUGUGGCUCGUCAUUCCCCCACAGCAGUAGAGUAUAUGGGUAAAAUGGUUAUCUUUGGUGGAGAGCUAGCCAACGGCUCCCUGGCCAAUGAUGUGUGGAUGUACCGGCCUCACAAUGAUGACUGGCAACAGCUUGGUCUUUCCACUUCACAUGGUGCUCCUAAAUUGGCUAAUCAUGCUGCAGCUGUAGUAGACAGUUAUCUCUAUGUAUUUGGAGGUCGCACCGAGGAGGAUAUGUUUUCCUCAACUCUGUAUCGGUUUGGCCUGCAUGGAUCUGGACGGUGGGAGACAGGUCAGCCCACAGGUGGGAAGCCACCAGCCACUGCUGGCCACUCCAUGGUCUUCCACAGCCCAUCAAGGACACUACUUGUCUAUGGGGGCCACAGGCCUACCACUGCCAGAUUUAGUGUCAGGGUCAACAACACGGAUGUGUUUCAUGUGGACCGGCGAUUUUGGACAUCUUUCCGUUCACGUUUCCCAACAACUGGCCCGAGAGAGCGAGCUUUCCACUCAGCCACAGUCAUUGGAAACUACAUGGUUGUGUACGGAGGAAAUGUGCACAUUCAUUAUCAAGAGGAAAAAUGCUAUGAUGAGGAGAUCUUUUUCUACCAUCUGGGCUGUCACCAGUGGGUCUCUGCAAGGGAGCGACUCAGUGGUGAUACUGUGAGGGGGCGUUACUCACAUGUUGCUGCAGUAAUGGAGGGACGAGUGUUGCUGGUUGCUGGAGGCUACAGCGGUGUUGCGCGUGGAGACCUUGUGGCUUACAAAGUACCACUUUUUGUCAGUAGUGAUCAAGGUGACAGGGACGCUGUUUGCGCUGAGGCAGUAGAUGAAAGCAUGUGCCUUAAGAACCCAGAGUGCAGCUGGUGUGAAGGCCGCUGUCGAGAGUACCAACCCACUAACCCGUGUGGGAGUACUGGUUGCUUGGGCCUGGCUCGCUUCCUGUCUGAUUGCCAGUCCUGUCUGGUGUUCAGUGGAACUCCAGCUUCUCUGGCCCGCGCCCCUGGUGAAUUUGGCUGGUGUGUUCAGAAUGAGUCCUGCCUACCAGUGUCAGAGCGAAGUGCGUGCCGUGUGGACCAGCUCUCAGGGGCGUACGGCUGGUGGGGGGAGCGUACCCUUUUCCUAACCUCCCUCCACUCCUGUCGCACCGAGAACUAUGUCCCGGGACUGCACCUGCUCACCUUCCAGCACCCCCGCAACGACUCCCAGCCUGACAAGGUGUCCAUUCUCCGUAGCACCACCAUCAUCCUUAGCCCCACCACAGAAAUGGACGUCGCCCUACAGUUCAGGGGCUUCAUCCACCCAUUGUGGGGGGGACCUCCGCCUGCACCCCCUCCUAUAGAGACUGUCUCCAUGUGGGCUCGCAUUCAGAGGCUUCACUUUGAGGCUCGAAUGGCCACAGGACCCAACUCCAGCCAGAUGGAGGUGGUGGGUCGCUGGGCAGCUCAGCAGGAAAAGGAGCUGAAGCUGCUGGCUCGACCGGAUGGGAGCCGACUUUUCUCUAACCUGACCAGGGGCAACCAUUACCUUGUUCAGGCUGAGGGCUACCUUAACAACUCGGGCUCAGGACAGACCAGUGAGAUGGCCUUGAUCUGGAAUAGGACAUUGCCUGGAGGGAGUGAGAUCUCCUUCCUGUUCUUGGAGCCAUACCGCUCAGGUUCCUGCUCAGGGUACAUGUCCUGUCUGGCAUGUCUAUCUGACCAGUCUUGUGGCUGGUGCCCAUCUUUGUCCCGCUGUCUGCUGCGUGACAGCCCAGACCUUGAACCUUGCCCUGAGGGGGAGAAUAGUGAAGGGAAGGUAGAAGGUCAGCGCCAUCUGCUGUUGGCACCCCAGCAUUGCACCUUGUGUGAAGAGUAUAGAGACUGCUCUGCAUGUACUCAGGACCCUUAUUGUGAGUGGCAGAUAAACUCCAGCAAGAAAGGCGACUAUCAGUGCAGUCGACGGGGAAGAGUAGAUGGAUCCAUACGUGACCCAAAGGGCUGUCCUAAAGUCUGCAACCAGAGAAAGACGUGUGGUGAGUGCCUCUCUAACUCGAGCCAGUGUGCAUGGUGUGAGUCAGCUCAGGCCUGCUUCUAUUUUGCUGCCUACCUCACAAAGUACCCCUAUGGAGAGUGCAGGGACUGGUACGACAGCGUUCACUCAGUUCCCCAGUGUAAGCAGUGCUCAGCUUUAAACACAUGUACAGAGUGCCUGAGGACUUUCCAGUGUGGCUGGUGUGGUGACUACAAUAAUCCCACAAUUGGAAAAUGCUUGAGAGGAGACUGGGCAGGAAUGGAUGAUCCAUCUGUGUAUAACUGUAGUGUAGCUGUGGCUGAAGCACGAGCUGCAAAUCCUGAGCCCCAGACUUCAGCCCCACCUCGACCCCUAGAAAUGGAGAUGGAGUUGGAGCACUUGAAUGACGAAGAACAAGAUGCAAUCUGGGCCUAUCCUACUUGUCCCGAUGUAGAGGAAUGCAGGCUGGGCCUCCACAACUGUCAUCUCUUUGCCACCUGCAUCAACACUCCCACUUCAUACGAGUGCCAUUGUGAGAGAGGAUACACAGGGGAUGGCACACUGCACUGCAACCAAACCUGUUACAAUGAGUGUCGUGAGGGUCAAUGUAGCGGCAGCCCACGGUUUGAGUGUGAAUGUUCUCUAGGCUGGACAUCUGACCCCGCUACUCUGGUUCUAAGUGGCGUUGAAUGUGAUGUUGACUGUGGCUGCAACUUUCACUCCACCUGUAUUACUGCUCCAGGGAUCUGUGAUGAAUGCCAAGACUGGACUACAGGACCACACUGUGAGCACUGCCGUCCAGGUAGCUUUGGCUCAGCCCUGGCUGGUGGCGGCGGUUGCGUUCCUUGUGAGUGUAACGGACACGGUGACCCUCUGCAAGGAUACUGUCACAACCAAACAGGCCAGUGUUACUGCACCCACAACACUCAGGGCCCACAUUGCGAGUCCUGCCUACCUGGUUACUAUGGAGCUCCCAGGAAUAAUGGCACAUGCUAUCGUCAGUGCCAGGGCCGUUCUGUCCUACUCUCUUCCCCUUCCUCCACCACCAUUCCUCUGUCCUCUUCUUUGGGAUGGCGAAGUGGCACAGAGGGGAAAGGUGGACUUUCUCAUUGCCUGUGGGUCCUCUCUGUGACUGAGAACCUGGCACCUUGUCUGCCUAAACAGUUCUGUCCCCCAGUUGCCCUCACUCUACACCCAGACUCCCAUACACACUGUAAAAGCUCGUAUGUCUAUGUGUUUGACGGCCUUCCUCGUUUUCUGGGCAAUGGAGUUGUACAUUCUGAUCACAACUUAAUUGGAGCAUUUUGUGGCACCACAAGGACUCAGCCUAUCACAGUGGAAGCCACCUCAGGUGUGAUCUCAGUCUAUUUUGAAGCCAACGUCUCUUCAGACAAACCUCAAGGCUUUAAUGCAUCUUUCUGGGUACGACGGUGCCAGCAGAGCUCUGAUGAGGAUGAAGAUGGAUCUGUAUGUCCAGGUGGAGCCCAGUGCCAAGGUGGGCUCUGCCAGUGCCCUCAGGGAUAUGGGGGACCGCAUUGUGACCGGCUGGUGUGUCCUCAAGAUUGUGGAAUAGUAGAAGGAAGAGGAACUUGUAAUAUAUCUCUGGGAGUGUGUGUGUGCUCAGAGAGCUGGGCUGGAUCAGACUGCACUAUUCCUCGAGACUUCAACAGCUUGGUGUGGGAAACCCUACUAGACACACAGAUGACUGUGACCCAGGCCCACAGGUUCCUCCACCGGAUGGGACACUCUAUGGUGUCUGGACCACAUGGCAACCUCUGGAUGUAUGGAGGGCUUUCUCUGACAGAAGGAAUUCUGGGAAAUGUCUAUAGAUAUUCUGUGUUGGAGCGUCGUUGGACCCAAAUGCUGACAAGCUCUGUGGAAGAAGGAUUGACUCCAAGCCCUCGCUACCAUCACGCCUCUGCACUGCUGAGUCAUGAGUCUGGUUCUGGAACCAGUCACAACUUUAUGUUGGUUGUAGGCGGGGUUACUCAAGAUGGUGUUGCCAUGGAUACCUGGAGUCUCAAUCUCAGCAGUUUAGUCUGGAGAGAGCACAAGAGCACAGUGCUUCCCCCAGUGGCUGGUCACACUUUAACUGUACGUCGAGACUCCUCUGUGCUGUUGAUUGGCGGUUACUCUCCAGAAAAUGGUUUCAACCACCAUUUACUGGAGUUCAGUCCUCAGUCUGGAAACUGGACCAUUGCCCCCCAUACUGGCACACCUCCAACAGGUUUAUAUGGCCACACGGCAGUCUACCAUGAACAGACUGACGCCAUCUAUGUCUUUGGAGGCUACCGCUUUCACGUGGAAAGUGUGGAGCCAUCUGGUGAGCUCUACAGUCUGUAUUACCCCAACCUCACCUGGUCUUUGCUGGCCACCUCUCAGGGUAUUAAG